GAACACUUACGGAUGGCUAACCAGUAACAGAGACAUUAACGCAUAUGGUUUUCGGUAUCUCCCAGAAACCGUUGUACGGUCCCCAACCACACCAAACCACCCAUCCUGUGCCGCUAAAAGCCAGAUGUACCUCAAACACAACCAUACAACCUUCCACUUGGGUGAUCUCAUCAAGGUGCAAAUAAACAUGUAUGACGUCAACGGUUACCGGAAGUUGACAGGCGGAGACUUUCUGAGAGUGUGGAUGGAGGACCGGAAGAGCAAUGCUUCCGUUUCCGGUGACGUCACUGACUACAAUAAUGGAAGUUAUGGCGCAGUAAUUAAAGCCACGUGGGCAGGACAUGCCAUCAUACGUGCCCUUAUAAACACAAGGAAAGAGGAGAUAGUUCUGCAAUACAAGAUCUUCGACCAAUAUGGAAGUCUAUGGAACGUGCAUGCUACAUUCGUCAAGAAUCAACUCUCUGAAACAACGAUCUGCUCCACGAAACAGCCGAGUCCUCUGAAGCAACCCGAGUGGUGUAAUCUUACUCUCGAGAACAGUGGUCUCCCUUGGUAUUGCAGGAGACCAAGCACAGCAAAUUUAACUUGUGAUACAUGGUCAUAUUCCCAUUCAAGUGGUGUUUCAUUCAAGCUGAAUAACACUGAGCGAGAUAUCCUCCAAUGGUCCAGAAAAGACCCAACACCUGACAUCCUCCCGGUGACGAUAAAAGUAUUACUUAUAAACGAGGAUAACAAAACAACGUUAACGCCCCCCGGGACACCAUGCAGCCGAAUGCUAACCAAAGCGACCUGGCACCGGGUGUCUCCGACAGGUUUCUUUCACAAUAACACCUGGCAUCCAUUACAAUGCACAGACACGCUACCUAGAACGGCCGCGGCCUACAGAGAGUGCUUGAAGGGAAAGACGAUCUGGCUGCACGGUGAUUCAACAAGUGCACAGUUCAAGCAAAGUCUUCACUCGUUCCUGCAUUUCCCUUCUCAUGGACAUGGCCACAUGCCUGUGACCGACACGGAUACCACCUACAACUUCAGCGUCUCCUGGCGUGCUCACGAAAUGCCUUUCUACCAUGGUAGUACACGGUACCCACGAGUUGCAGAACAGGCACAACAUCUUGUUCUUGAGAGCCUUCCAGACACCUCCAGCGACAUCGUAGUGUUGUACUUGUAUGUUCAUUUCACUGUUGUGCAUCCGGAUGUAUUUAGGCAACAUGUGAGGAGACUUGUUCCCCCUGCACGAAAACUGUUGGCGCGGGCUCCCAACGUAACUCUGGCGGUACGAGGUCCUCAUACCUUUGUCAGAUCGUCCAAGGGAUUAUCAUCCUACUGGGGUCUAAUCCAUACCGACAUCUUGCACCAGGAAUUUUCAUCGCUGCAUCAUAGGGUUGUAUAUUUAAAUUUUUGGGAUUUGACAAUGGCGCGCCCGUCCUAUGGAAGCCAUCCAGACAGGUCAAUCAUUCAACAUAUGGUACACAACAUGAUGUCAUUUGUGUGCUUUAGGACCUGAUCCCAACUUGUCGUAUGUCAACG